AGAGCCUAAAGCCAACACUGAGGAACAGUGGAGAAGACUAUAGUAUGGCCUGGAUUGCUCUUGUUAUCUAUUUGUACAUCACACUUUUCUUUACUAUUCUGGAGAGUGGACAUGGAAUUGUAAAGGGUAGCCGUGCACUCAGCGCCACAGCCCCAGGAGACGUCAUCAUUGGAGGAAUCUUUCCCAUUCAUGAAGAUGUGGACAAGGAGAACACGUCCUUUGCGCCCCACCUACAGCCAUGUAUCAGGUUUCAGGAAUUAGGCCUUGUGAGGGCUCUGGCUAUGAUAAACACCAUAGAAGUCAUGAACAAAUCUCCUCCGCUGACUGAGGUCAACAUCACUCUGGGCUACCAGAUCCUGGACUCCUGCUCAGACGUCAGCACCGCUCUGAGAGCCACGGCAGACCUCAUCCAGCAGGCUGACUGCCACCAAGGAAGCAACAGUCUCACCUGCGGCCAGCCGGUCAUGGCUGUUAUCGGGGCCUCUAACUCUGAAACGUCCAUCGCCAUCGCCAGGCAACUGACUCUCAAGAUGAUUCCUCAAGUCAGUUAUUCAUCGACCGCUGUCAUUCUGAGUGAUAAGAAUCGCUUCCCUGCCUUCAUGAGGACCAUUCCUAAUGACGAGCAUCAGACAGCUGCUAUGGUCAGUCUGCUCAGCACAUACAGAUGGAGCUGGGUGGGAAUUAUCACCACGGACGGAAGUUAUGGCCGAUCAGCUCUGGACCACUUUGUGUCCAAAGCGUCUGUAGAAGGGAUCUGUGUGGCCUUCAAAUCAAUCUUACCUGAAUCUGUAACCAGUCUGGAUGUCCACUCUGUCAUUACAGAGACUGCUAAAACCAUCCAGGACAAUCCCAAAGUGCAAGUGAUUGUGUCAUUUGCAAAGCCAACUCACAUGAUGUACCUCUACCAGGAGAUUAAGAAUCAGACGCUGACAGCGGGGCAGAACAUUGGGUCCAUGAGAAGAGUGUGGGUGGCCAGUGACAGCUGGUCUUCAUCUAGCUCUGUGAGAGGGAACUUAACUCUGGAGGACAUAGGACAUGUUGUGGGCUUCACCUUCAGGAGGGGAUCUGUGACCUCAUUCCUUAAGAACCUGAGCAUGCUGGGGGCAGCUGGACACGAGCACACAGUGAAUAACUCCUUCAUGCAGGACUUCUACACACAGCUAAAUAUAAGUACAGAUUCUGGAGACACUGAGCUGCUGUCUAAAGCUGUGAACACCCUCAGAGAACACAUUCAAGCUGGUACUGUCUUCAGUGUUGAGAUGGCUGUGAGUGCCAUCGCUCAGGCUGUAGCAUCUGUCUGCAGGGGAAGAGACUGCAAAACAGCAGGCGCCAUGCAGCCCUGGGAGGUGCUGAGAACUCUGCGGAAGCAGGAGUUCAAACUUCAAGAAGAGCGCUAUAAGUUUGACAGUAGAGGAGACCUGAACCUGGGCUAUGAUGUGACAAUGUGGAGGUCAGACAGAGGGGACAUUGAUGUCCAUGAUGUUGUAGCUGAGUAUCACCCACAAGACAACAGCUUUACCCACAGCAACCACAGCGUCAACCAUCUGCAGGACCUCAGGCACAUCAUCUCAAAAUGCUCCAACAGCUGUGUGGCUGGAGAAUUCAAGAAAACAGCAGAGGGUCAACACACUUGUUGUUAUGAGUGCAUCAACUGUACUGAGAACUACUACUCUAACAGCACAGAUAUGGACCAGUGUCUGAGCUGUGACACAAAGUCAGAGUGGUCUCCAAAGGGCAGCUCCAGCUGCAUCCCCAAAGCGCGGCUCUUCUUCUCCUGGCGGGACGGCUUCGCUGUGGUGCUCCUGACCUUUUCUGCCCUGGGGAUCCUCCUGGCUCUGCUGGUGUCAGCUCUGUUUCUACAUCAGCGUGACACCCCUGUGGUGAAGGCUGCCGGAGGGCCGCUGAGCCAGGCCAUGCUGUUCUCUCUGGUCAUUAGUUUCAUCAGUGCCGUGCUGUUUGUUGGACAGCCCAACAGCUUCCAGUGCAAGGCUCGUCAGGUGCUCUUUGGCAUCAGCUUCACUCUGUGUGUCUCCUGCAUCCUGGUCAAGACCCUGCAGAUCCAGCUAGCCUUCCAGUUUGACCCCAGGCUGCAGGAGGUUCUGCGGAGGCUCUACCAGCCUUACGUCAUCAUCUGUGUCUGUGUGGCCUUACAAGCAGCUAUUUGCAUCUGCUGGCUGGUGCUCAAAAGCCCAUUUAAGCACAUCAUUAGGAAUCCGACCACCCUGCUGGAAGACUGUCAUGAGGGCUCCUAUUUAGGCUUUGGGGUGAUGCUAGGCUACAUAGCUGUCCUGGCUUUUGUGUGUUUUGUCUGUGCCUUCAGAGGACGCAAGCUUCCACAGCAGUACAACGAGGCCAAGUUCAUCACCUUCAGCAUGCUGCUCUACCUCAUCUCCUGGCUGCUCUUUGUUCCUGUCUAUGUCACCACUUCAGGAGUGUACCUGCCAGCUGUGGAGAUGGUAGUCAUUCUAAUCUCAAACUAUGGCAUCCUCAGCUGUCAUUUCUUCCCAAAAUGCUACAUAAUCCUUUUUAAGAAAGACCAAAACACCAGGAGCGCUUUCAGGAAAAAUCUGUAUGAAUACUCGAGCAAAACCACCAACUCUCCCUCUGUGUCUGAGAGUUCAGCAUCAGGGCAACAGUCCAGCGGUCAACACUACGUCAACAGUUUUUCAGUCUUCACUGUACCUGCAGAAAAUCCUCUCCCAGCUGCUGGGGUGACAAACUGCAUGGACCAAACUGACUGUUUAAGGUUGCACAAAAGUUCAGUCAGACAUCACUGCCUCAGAAGACGCACCAGCAUUUAAACUUUUAGUAUACGCUUGUCAAACCUCAUUAUUUGAAAUGGAUUGUCAGAAAUCAUUUAUAUUGAACUGUACAGUUCAUAAGAUUCUUUUACAGAGAUUAUACAUUUAAGGGUUAGCUACAAAAAUAUCUCAUUGUUGCACCAUUAUUACAUCCUGCCUAACAUUCAUUUCGGAGGACAUGUACAACCAACGCUUCAAAAAGACUCAGGAUACACAAGCCAGCCUCCAGCCUUAGACUUUACCAUUUUUUCUGUUUUAUGUCCCCUUCUUUUGAACAUGUGUUACAGCAACCCUAAAUCCAAACAUUGAGGAGGGUGCAGAUGUCUUUGAGGGCGCUCCAUGCAUCCUGAAAUUGUUGGCUUUUCUGUCUUUUCGGUCUGCUCCUGUCCGUCCUCCCACCCAUCAUACCGACUCUUCACAACACACAUUUCUGCCUGAAAAACAGCAUCUGUCACCGGCAACAAACUUUAAAUCACCAAGUGUUUGAGUUGGAAAAAAUUUCUUUCUGUGGGAAUUACACAGUGGUUCGUUUUCACUCCAGCGGUGCUUCAGGUCAUUGCUGUGGCAAUAAUGCAGUGUCUCUGUGUGAAAGGGGCUAGUGACCAUGUUUCAGGGAUUUACUUUUAUUUUUGUGGCGACAAAAAGAAAUGACAGUCAUUUUUUUCAAGUGAGGGAUUAUGUGAUUUGCAGAAGUAAUGCAUUUAGUUACUUGUUGCAGAAAAAGUGAUCCAAGUAUUCUUAGGGUUUACUUUGUAAGGUGUUAUCCCCAACAAUGCACAAGCUUCUGGAGAGAGACUUCAUUUUCACCUGUGGUUGUCAUGCACAUGAGGUCAAACUGUAAUUUCAACAAAAAUCACCAAAUUUAAUGAGGAGCAGUCGAUGUUAUGACCCUUGGUCAUAUAAACAUUUUUCUGUGCUUGAGUGAGUGUGUGUAUGUGUGAUUGGCUGCAGGUGUGUCUGACUGAUUGCAGGUCGUCCCAGGGAGCUGAUUGGUUCCUGCCUGAAAGCCAAGAGUUUAAGGGCCAGCUCCUCUCCAGUUCCCGUAUGCUCUCCCCUAUUGUCCCAGACUACCAGCAUUGUUGAUUGUGUACUAGCUGUGUUUGUGAAUAAAACCAUUUAAAAAUGC